UCCCUGUCCCUGCCGCUGAAAAACACCCCCACAGCAUGAUGCUGCCACCACCAUGCUUCCCCUGCUGGGACGGUACUGGGCAGGUGAUGGGCCGGUCUGCGUGGGCACCAGCACCAGCACCAGCGCCAGCGCCAGCGCCAGAGCCAGAGCCAGUGACACCAACGAACUGAACCAACUGAUCAGGAAGGCCGGCUCUGGGCCCGGUACUUCUCUGGAGCCCUUGGGGGGGUUAGUUGUGGAGAGGAGGAUGCGGCACAAACUGUUCUCGCAUCCCCCUCCACGACCUGCUGGUCAACAUCAUCUAUCUUCGUGGUCUGUCUUUACUCUUUUUACGUCUGUGUUCAUUUUGCUUCUCUUCGUAAUCAUUUGAUCUUCUUUACCACAAGAGAUUUUAACGGUCUCUUCCCAUGGAAGUUGUACAGGCCCCCGCUCAGCGAUCCGCCCGUGGCUGAACGUUGCGAAGUGCUUCUGCUACUUUGACCGGCGAACCGUGCGGACACUGUCCCUUUAAAAACGUCCACCGUUGCGGUCGGACACGUUCGGGUCAACGUGCGUGUGAGCCCGAGGCGAACGUCGGUCAUCCCGGCGCGAGGGCUGGUCCUCGCAUCCGAUCCGAGGUUUUACAACUUCGGACUUUAGAACCAUGCGGGUCCGUCGCGUCGCGUCGCGCGGCGCUCCCGCUGUUUAAGCCAGACCGGUCUGCGCAGGCGUCAGGGGACGGCGCAGUAAAAAGGGAGCCGAAUGAGAGGCUGGCGUGAAAAGACGUGACUGGCGGCAGCGGCGUGUCAGAGCCGGCGCCGAUGCCCGGGGGGAAGCGAGAGAAGGCGCACAAAACUACCCAGCGUUCAAACCUAACAGGAGACCAUGUCGGGUGCCCAGGGCCAAACCCGGACCGGUGCGAGGCGGUUCAUCAGCGGCGUAGUGGAAGGUUUUUAUGGGCGACCAUGGACUAUGGAGCAGAGAACGGAGCUGUUUAAAAGGGAACAGAAGUGGGGCCUGAACACGUACCUGUAUGCCCCCAAGGAUGACUACAAACACAGGAUGUACUGGAGAGACCUGUACUCUGCUGAGGAGGCAGAACAACUCAUGGCCCUGAUAUCAGCAGCUAAACGGCACGACGUCGAGUUCAUCUAUGCAAUCUCUCCCGGUCUGGAUAUUACUUUUUCCAGCCCCAAAGAGGUCGCUGCCCUGAAGAGGAAAUUGGAUCAGGUGAGGGAGUUCGGCUGCAGGUCCUUCUCUUUACUGUUUGAUGACAUCGAGACUGAGAUGUGUCCGGCUGAUAAACAGGCGUUCAGCUCCUUCGCCCACGCUCAGGUGGCCGUCACUAAUGAGGUGUACCGGCACCUGGGAGAACCUGAGACCUUCCUCUUCUGCCCUACAGAUUACUGUGCUGCAUUCUGCACUCCCAACGUGUCCCAGUCCUCUUACCUUAACACCGUGGGAGAGAAGCUGCUGCCUGGCAUCGACAUCCUAUGGACGGGCCCAAAAGUGGUAUCCCACAAAAUCUCAGUUGAGUCCAUAGAGGAGGUGUCCUCUGUCAUAAAGAGGGCACCAGUCAUCUGGGACAAUAUCCAUGCAAAUGAUUAUGACCCCCAAAGACUUUUCCUUGGACCCUAUAAGGAUCGACCCACUGAGCUGAUUCCCAAACUGAGAGGAGUGCUCACCAAUCCCAACUGUGAGUUUUACCCAAACUUUGUGGCCAUCCACACUUUGGCUACAUGGUGCAAAGCAACCGCUGAUGGAGGACCGAAGGACGUGGAAAUGGGCGAUGAGGAGCAGGACCCCUGCUACAGUCCCAAGAAAGCUCUGACCCUGGCCCUCAGUGACUGGCUGCAGGAGUUCCUGAGCAUGGAUCAACCUGGAGGCCCUUGUCGUCCUCCAGCUCGUCUCAGGAAAGAGGCGUCAGAUGAGGAGCCCAUGCAGACAGACAUGGGAGAGAGCUCCUACGUCCCUGGACCUGGGGAAAACCCACUGUACACAGCUGAACCUCUGACCCUGGAUGACCUGACGCUGCUGUCGGACCUCUUCUACCUGCCGUACGAACACGGGCCCACGGCCAGGACCAUGCUGCAGGAGCUGGACUGGCUCAAAAACAACAGUUACGCCGCUGCUGCGGAGACGGACAAGACGGCCGAGUGGUGCUCAAGAGCACAGCAGUUUGAUGUCAUGUGCGACGCGGUGGUGCAGAUGUUUAACCGCCUGUCGAACGCCCCAAACCGCAGCAUUCUGUACGACCUCUACAACUACAUCUGUGACAUCAAGAGUGGAGUCGGUCUGGCUCGUGCCUAUGUGAAAACACUAGGAGGGCAGGGUCAGCCUUCCGCCCAGCUUAUGAGCGACGACCCUGAACCCUGGGGCUUCAGAGGAGGGCUCUCCGGAGAGUUCCAGAGAAUGCUGCCUGGACAUGGAAACAGGGACCUGUUCAGACAUCCUCCCAUGACGGCAGUAUACUGCAUAAGGCCGUACUGCCCCGAGGACAAGGCGGAGGUGCAGAGGAUUUUCAUGGAGAUGCAGAGAGCAGGAGAGGGCAAAAUCCCCCCGAUGACGCAGCAUCCACUUAUCUGUGAUAGCCUGUCAGCCGGUGAAAUCUCCCCUUCCCCUCAGUGUGCUCUUGUCCUGGAGGAUGAGAUUGGGAUGUGUGGUUACGUACUGGCACUCACUGACGCCAAACCAGCCGCAGCCAAGAUUCGGAGGGCAACAAGUGACUCAGUAUUUGAGGAAUUCCCCUCCUUAGUCACUAUACAAGUGCUGCCCCGGGUCACUGACCCCUCUCCAGCCAAGCGUAUGAUUGGUCGGCUGUUGGCCUCCAUCAGGAGCAGCGGUUCCAGAGGAGUGCUCUGUGAGGUGAGGCAGAGUGAUCGGAGGAUGCUCGACUUUUACACUACACUGGGCUCCUUCAAACCCAUUCAAGUGGCCGGUCUACCACAAGACAUCCUCGCCAUGGCAACAAGCCUGUGAGAAAGAUCACUCACAAAGAUUUUCCCAUGGGUGUCUAACUGUUGAGAUAGAACUUUUGUGUGAAUAAUCCCUAACUUUGCAGCAAAUUAAACUGACAGCCUGUCUGUCUUGGCAUUUUUUCAGUUCAUAUCAGAUAAUCUGUGUAAUUGAGUAGCCAUCACCAUCCACCAAUAUCCUCCCAUGAAACUGCAACAUUAGUCAUGGAAACGCCUAAUAAAAAUUUGUGUAACAAACUACUGUAUAAUUAAAAGUGUAAUGCAAAACUAUUGAUUUUGUAGACAUAAAAUUGUAACUCAGAACAAUAAAAAUAGCAUACAGUGUGGAUGCAA